AGUUCUGUGUCAGUUGAAUCACAUGUUUAGUGUAAAUAGUUAAACUUACGGUUCGUCGUUAGAGUCGUUGUAAGGCAUGUUCAACGCUGAUCGCUUACAAUGUUAACGAAUAACGAUCGAUCUGUAUUGAUCGGCGUGACAAGGGAGACUGAACGUUUCUGAUGUUGCGAAGCGUACGCAACCCGCGUAUGAGUCAAAUGUUUCUCUGUUUACGAUUCUAUUCCCUAUACUUUACGUACGCUACGUGGACGAUAUCGCUUUGGCAGCACCCACCGAAGCGGUUGAUAAUAUCCUAAAUGAAUUUAACGGAUACCAUAAUCGCUUACAGUUUACUAUCGAACGUGAAAAGAAACGCAGCCUCAAUUUUUUAGAUACCUUAAUUAAAGUCGAUAACAACACCUUACAUACUGACUGGUUCCAUAAAGAGACCUUCUCAGGUAGAUACUUAUUCUACUAUUCACAUCACCCAGUUAGCCAAAAAAUAGGAACCAUCUACAGCAUGGUAGAUCGGGCGUUGUUAUUAUCACACCCUCAAUACCACAAAAAGAAUCUAGAAUUUUGUGUUAACACCCUAAUUAAUAACGGCUACCCAUUGGAAUUGAUUUUUAACAAAAUCAACAUAAGAAUCAAAAAAUUGAUUAAUACGAAAUUAAAUAGCGGAGUUCAGAACCUGAUCGACGUGUCGGACUCGAUCGUGGAAAGAAAAAAGUACUUGGUCUUUCCGUAUUUAAAAGACGUGUCUGAAAAAAUAUCUACGUCCCUGAAUAAAGACAUAAUUAGACUAGGUUUUAGAUGUCUAAAUAAGCUGGAUAAGUUUAUUAAGGCACACAAGGACAAGAACAUAAAAACAGAAUGUAACAACGUCGUCUAUAAAUUAAAUUGUAACGACUGCAAUGCCUCGUACGUAGGACAAACAAAAAGAAAAUUAAAAACAAGAAUCAAGGAGCAUGUGAACAACAUUAAAUUUGAAACAGCGAAAAUAUCCGUUAUUAGCGAACACAGACUCCAACAAAAUCAUUCGAUCAAUUGGGAAAAUGUAAAAAUCCUUGAUUUUGAACCAAAUUAUCAUAAACGCUUAAUUUCCGAGAUGAUACACAUUAACGAACAAAAAAAUGGUCUUACUCAAAAAACGGAUACGGAACUGUUAGACGACUGUUACAACACUAUUUUGAACAAACUGGUCGAUAUGUAACAAAGAAAGUAUAGGGAAUAGAAUUGUAAACAGAGAAACAUUUGACUCAUACGCGGGUUGCGUACGCUUCGCAACAUCAGAAACGUUCAGUCUCCCUUGUCACGCCGAUCAAUACAGAUCGAUCGUUAUUCGUUAACAUUGUAAGCGAUCAGCGUUGAACAUGCCUUACAACGACUCUAACGACGAACCUAUCAUUGGUCGGAGAUUAAUUAAUUUGCACGAGUCGUACAAGAAGCGAUACAUAGACCGAAUUGUUGAUACGAUUUGUUUCGCGGACUGGAAAUCGACGAAGCAAGAAUAGAAAUUUCGGACCAUGGGCUUUAAAUCCCGGAUUACUGUAUUUAAAAGGCUGUUAUGAAGAUUUGUUUGCGCUCUGCGUCUGUAAUGUAAGAAUACACACACACUGAAGAAGACUCCGUAGAAUCGAAACGUUUGUGUCCUUUAUAUACGAAUAAAUAUGUAUUAUUAGCUAUACGAACGUCUACACCUUUUUGCUCGUCUCACUGGCCUUUUCAAUUAACUGUUAAAUUGCAUACGAGCUUACCAGAAUAGUUGUUUUUACAUUAAAUUAGAGUAUUUUGCACAAUAUCGGAUCUCCGUGGAUAAAAAAAACCUCAGGUAAUUAAUUAAAGUCUGAGUCUUGAAUUUGCUUUUACGUGUAGUGUAUUUAUUACUUGAUAUAAGUAUACUAUAUUUUACAUAAUCUAACUUUUUUAAUUUGCAUUUCUAUUUCAAUAAUUUUUAAACGCUUUCUUCUCAAAAUAGUUUAUAAGUACUAAUUUUUUAUUAUUACAAAAUUUUUACUUAUUAUUAUGCUUAUUAUUAUUAUUAAUAAACUUUAUUAAAUUUUUGUAAGGACAAAUUAAUUUUCUAUAACGAUUAAAUGAUAAAGUGUAGCAUAUUUGUAGAAUUAUCAAACUUGAUUUUCAUACUUUGUAAAUGUUAAUUUUUAUAUAUUAUUCUUUUCCUUGUUUCUAGGAAAUUGUGGAAUAAUAUUGCCAAACAUUGGAAAUAAUACGAGAGCAAGCAUUUCAUACUUUAUUGUUGACAGACCUCGCAUAUUUUAUUUUAUACGUUCUCUCGAAGAGAUGUAUGGACGGUUCGUUUUAUGAAUAUAUAUAAAAUAUGUUAGGUAUUUGCAGAUAUUGCUAAUUGAAAAAACUAUCAUUUACUUAUAUUUAAAUUAAAAUUUUAAAUUUAAUCUCUAAUUAUUAUAGGCUUAAUUCUA